AUGCUAGCGCAGGGAGCUGAUUUUGUGGCGCAUGCGAAAGGAAAAAAAGUGCAGGUAUACGCGCUGUCUAGUGGAAUGGCGGCAGUUUGCACUAUAAAAGGAAGCUCUGAAAUAAGCGCAAUUUCCUGUGAUGCGAGCGACGCUUUUCUGCUGGUUGGCACCGCCAGUGGGGCGCUUUAUUACUGCAACAUGAGCGAAAAAAAGGAGGUCUUGCUGCUUGAAGACGCGGAAGAGAUACACAAAAUGAGCCUAAAAAUCACCUCUAUAUACAUGCUGAACGGCAUAGUCUAUGUGACGUCCGAGAAUGGGGCUGUGCAGAUACUAUCAAUAGAAAUUGCGCAGGAAAAGCAGCACACCAGCAUGCAAAGCAGCCUUACUGUAGAGGCCGAGGAGAAAGAAGGGUGGAUGGAGGAGAUUGAGUCGAUAUGCGAAACCGAGUCGCUGAGCAUGAACAUUAGCAAGGCCGUGGGCUCAGCGCACGUGUUCAAGCCCCUCCGGGAGAUAAAGCACAACACGCCAAUCAGCAGCACUGUUGUGUGCGGAGUGAACAUAUACAUACUUGACAUGCGAGGGCGGGUGAUUGUGUUUCCGUCCAAAGUGGUUUACGACAACAUAUCGGAGAUACACUUUCGAAAGUACUUGUUCUGUGUGGACGGCAACACGGUGUUUGCAGAAGUGGGGCAGGUCUUCACGUCGGUUUACUUUGCAGAGGGCCCAAUCAAGGGCAUAUUCAGCACGCAGGAGGGCGGGUACUUUUUUGUGCUCACAGACAAGGCGGUUGAGGUUAUGAAGAUAGAGGAAAAGGGAGGGAAACGGGUGCACCGGCACGAGCUGACAAAAGACGUGAGCGAAAUAGUGGUGGACUCGCAGCGGUCCUUGAUAUACGCCAUGGUGGGCAGCAAGCCUGCCCGGAUGGACAUCGGGUAUGUGUGGAUAGAUAAGAAGAUGGAGGAUCUGAAGAUAGAGGGAAGCACCAUAAAGGAGGUGCGCCGGGAGGAGUCUGAGACAGAAGAGGGAGACGAGUACUUUGACAUUCCUGCUGUAAAGGCGGUUAAAGACAUGGCUCUUCCGUCCAUAAAGUACUCGAGUGCGAGCACAAAGCCGUCUAUGUACACCGGGGCGUUUGAAGACCAUGCAGACGACGGCUGCGAAAAGGCAGACUCAGAGAUAGAAGAGCUGUUUGCCUCUGAGGACGGCUUUGCAGAGAGGAAGACGGCUGUGGAAAUGCAGAUGGAGAAGGCGUCUGCGCCACUAGCCAGCAGAAGGCCCUGCGUGAAGAAUAAGGUGUGCGGGCCUGUGGAGGUGUGUAACGGGCAGGAGAAGCUGCUUUAUUGGUCUGCGGAGUGCAGCAUUAAUCUAACGAACAAGACGGACUACAGGCAGCUCGAGGUGAAGGUUCGUGCACAGAGCGUGGAGAUGUCUAUUAUAAAGGAGGCUGGAGAGGUGCACUUGGCUGCCGGCUCAAAAAGCCUUUUAGUGGUUUGCGUAGACUCCCUCAUAAAGGUUUACCACAGCAAAAUCGGUGUGUUUUCAGAAAACUCGCUUGUAAAGACAGUUUCUCUCUCCCGCAAGGUGGAGCGGCUUCUUUGUGGACAGGAAUACUUCUGCGUCCUGGCCGAGGACCGGCUGGCAAUGAGCUUUUCUGUGUACUCCGCGGGCAUUCAGGAAAUAUACAGCACUUUUGGCACCUUCCGAGGGGUGGCCGCGUGUGGCGAGUAUAUAGGGAUGAUUGUAGAGCAAGGCGAGGGCGUGUCGGUGAGGGUGCUUAAGCACAGCGAAGGCCGAGUCAAGAGCGUGAGCUGUGGGUAUUUUGGAAGGCAGGCGAUAGACUUCUGCAGCAUAUCGGCAGAAGGCAUACUUGUUUUUGAAGCUGCAGGAGAGCUGUAUCUUCUGGGCGCCGACAGAAUUGUCACGCUGAGCGGGUCGGUGCCAGGAGUGCCCAUUUCUGUUGUGGGCGGGAACAUUGCAUAUUUGCUGCAGGGAGAAAACGGGAGCGUGCAGAUACACCCAGAGAGCGUCCACUACAUCGAGCUGAAUAGGGAGUGCUCCCUCGGCUUGAAAACUGGCGUGUAUCAGGAGGUGGUGAAAGAAAUAGCCGAUGCAUGCACAGCUGGCCCAGGCCCUGCGGGACAAAGCAGCGGUGGCACGUGCCCACGGGAUACAGGCGCUUCUGAAGACGAGAAUUUCAUGUAUCUCAACAGGAAACACAAAAAGCCUGAGAGCGCCCGAGAAAGCAGCGCACAUGUGCCAGAAACAGGCAGUUUGGGAGCAUCGCCAAUGCACACGCCUACAAAAAAGGUAAAGCACACAAAUCCAUUUGCCAGGACAUAG